AUGCUAACUCCUUGUUCUCUUUUGGCAGGACCCGGCCCGCAGCCGCUACGAGGCAUGUCCGGAUUCCCCGCGCCACAGCAAGCACAGGCUCGAAACGCAACAUUGGCCUCAACAAGAUUGCCGAACGGAAAACUGGGUGGCGCAGCGAAUUGGAACUUCAAUCUGCCCGCGAGUGGAACUUCUACCCUACAAAGCAAUCAGCAACGCAGCAUGGGAACGAUGGGCAGUUUCGCACAGAGCUUGGGCGGUUCCCAGACAGCCACACCUCUAGACCUUUCCGAGUUUCCCUCUCUCUCAGGCGCACCACAGCAAUCACAAUCUCAGAACCCUGGACAGCAUGUGUGGGCUAAUGCCAGCCAACGAGCUGCUCAGCACACACCUGUUCAGAGACAGCAGCUUCCCCCGACAUCGCAACCCCCUUCGCGAACCUCUCAAACCCAACCACAUCCCGUUCAGCAACCGCAGCAACCUCCUCACGAUGACAUGUUUCCCUCCGGCGCCCAGUUCGCCAAUCGGUUAGACGACUUCAGGAAUGGUGGCCAGGGCAUCAGCAGCCAGCUAGGAGCUGGCACUCAGCCGCAGACAGGCAACAUCGACGAAUUCCCUCCGUUGGGCCGAAAUGUUGCUGCUGAGAUUGGCCAAGACCGCCGGGGCUCGUUGAUGCAAAAUACUGCGUUUGGAAGUUACAAUUCAGGUAUUGGAACAUCACGGUCGCCUGUUAACCAAGGACCCAAUGGGGUCUUGGGGCAGGAGAAGGAGGUAGGUAGAUCGGCGAUCGUCUUUCCCAGGCCCCGCACUCACCGACACCAACAGGACUUGAACAACAUCCUCAUGUCGGGUCAACGCAACUUCAGCGACCCGCAACAACUGCAGCAAAGACAGCAACAAGCCAAUGAAGGACAAGAUGUUUCGGUUCCCGCCAACGCACAAAGUGCAGAACAACCACCUCUCGCACAGAUGAGCGAGUUGGACCGAUUUGGCUUGGCCGGCCUAUUGCGCAUGAUUCAUAGCGAGAGCCCCGACGUGGCCAGUCUUGCUGUUGGCCAAGAUUUGAUGACUCUAGGACUCGAUUUGAACCAGCCAGAACCCCUCCACACCUCGUUCGCGUCGCCGUUCGUGUCAUCCAUGUCCGCAGUCCCGUUGGAACAAGAUUUUUCCUUGCCAUCCUGCUACAAUGUCGCCAACAUUCAAUCACUUCAAUCUCGCAUUCCCGGCUUUAGCGACGAGACCCUUUUUUACAUCUUCUACAGUAUGCCUCGAGAUAUCAUGCAGGAACUCGUUGCGGAAGAGUUAAUGGGUCGCAAAUGGCGAUACCACAAGCUUGAGCGAUGCUGGUUGACCCGUGAUGAACAAUAUCCUGGUCCAGUUGAUGUUGAACGUGGUGUUAGCGAACGUGGUGUUUAUCUACUGUGGGAUCCUGCUAGUUGGAAGAAGGUUCGACGUGAGUUCAUUCUUCGAUACGAGGAUUUGGAUAAUCGAUUGGAAGCCAACGGGGGAUUGCUCGUCCAGUUGGUCAGACGCAUCAUGCUUCAUAAGAGCUUAUGCAUGCACCCCGGGUCAGGCGCGGAUAGUAGUUUUAAAUCGAUCAGCAGUGGCGUUUGGCUAUCUGGUUUGUAA